AAUUUGAAUAACCAAACACAAAGGAUAGCAAGAUCCGUAUUUGUGUAAAAUAUCGAUUUAAUGUUUAAAUAUUUAAGAACAUACAGAACAGGAAAAUUGUAGAGAUUUGUUUUUAGUUAUAAAAUAAUCCGUCUUUUCUUUUGAAAUGUGAUAUGAACUUAAAUCGAAAUUAUAGACAAAUUUAGGAAAUGUGGUGUAACGUGUUUGCUUUUUCCUGUGGAGCGAUACUGGUUAUGUGUAUUUCUCAAUGCGCCGGUAUAAGAUGUUUCCAGUGUAGUGAUUCCGGCGACGACGAAAAUGCAGAUUGUCUGCGUGGUGUGCGGGGGCUAUCGGGGCAGAGGGCUGACUUUGAGCGACAAAAUACUACAAAAACUUCUAAAUUUCCCCACUUGAAGGAAUGCAGUCACUACUUUGAUAGGGUAACUGGCAGACCUUUGUAUCAAUUCUGUAAAAUUGAAAUGAUAUACUCCGCAGGUAGUUUAAAUGCAUACAUCAGAGACUGCAGCAAUGGCGAAGAUUUCUCUGCCGAUCUUAAUCUUACAAGACUUAGUUACCAGAAGAAUUACCUGAGACCCGACAACCAGUCCACGUGCGGGUAUAGCCACCGUCACCUUGCAAAUAUAUGUGUACAGCUCUGUGAUACGGACUUCUGUAACGGGCCUACGGCGGGGCAAAACUUAUUGCAUGGUCAUCAGACUUUAAUAUUUCUGAUAACUGCUGUUGCUGUUAAUGUUUUCUUCAUGAAACUGAUAUAAUCAACACAAACUAUGUUUUAAAAAAGGUGAUGACUUACUUACACUAAUAUAACGUGAAAUAUAUGUAUACAAAAAGGUACCCGUUUUCAGGCAAUCGAAAUGAAACACUGACAAGCAAAAGCAUCUUCGUUGGCCGUUUUCUCCGGAAAUCACGUGUCAGUGUAAACAUACACCAAAACGCAUAGACGCUUGUCAAAUAAAUUAUAAAGAAAGCAUCUUCAUUGUUUUUGUAACAAUAGAAAGUGGGAUCAAUGUUAUAUUAGAUUGUAUAGUGUAGAAUGAUCUUAGAUAAAUGUUUUCUGAGAAGGCGUCAUGCUUUGAAAACGAAUUUUUGAACAUUAGUAAAGUUAAUGGUUAAGAUUGUUAUUUACUAAUCAUUCCUUAGUGCGACUUUGUACAACUUCCUGUUUCAACAUAUACACGUGUUCUACAGAUACGCUAUUUUAGCCUAUGCAAAUAAUGUUAACUAUAUUUCAUUUAUGUACCUGGCUUUAUCUGUUAAGAGAAACGCAUGCUAAUUUGAUAACACUGAAUAGAUGAUACUGUUUUAAGUGCUUGCUUGUCUAGAGCUUCUUUUAAAGAAGUACUUUGAAAGAAAAAUCGGUAUCAAUUAACAAUAUGUUUCUCGGAUUCACUAUGUAAAUACUCGUUGUGUUGAACUUUAUGUUGUGCUUAUUCUAAGUCUCUUAUAAUUCGAAUGGUCAUAUACAUGUGCAUGAAAUGUUACAUAUAUAUUAUAUUCAGAUAUAGUAUAAUGAGACAAUAAUAAAUGAAUUAUAUAUUUUCAGAUAUUUUGUACAAGUGACUAACUGAAAACUAGAGUUCUUUAUAACAAUCGUUUUGCAUGUAUAGCUUAUAUUUUUUACCUUUAAAAGUGAAUUCACCAGUAAGAUUAGUGUUUUCUGUACAUGGUAUCGCUUGAAGUUUUCUUUCUUUUUAGUAUUAUGUUUGUAAUAUCACUAAGAAUGGUACAUCGAUUUUUACAAUACGUGGCGUAUUAAUUGCCAAAACAUUGAGUAGACGAAAGUACUUUCGUACAAUUUCUUUUUUCUUUGUUUUUGUCUUCUUCUUGUCUACUAUCUCGGAGCGAUUGUUCUUGAAAUUGCUGUUUUUUUUGUGGACAUAUUAGAGCUAUAAAAAGAAAGGAUCCUUAAAAGUAAUAGAAUUAUGUUUUGACAUAUUGCAGCACCUGAAGUGUUAAAUAUUUUAUGUUUUUCUAGUAUAUGAAUUUUAAACACACAAUGUAUAAAUGUUAUUUUUCAUAUUUCUGUGUAGCAAGGUUUACCUGAUGUCUGUGGUUUAACUUGGCCAAAACGAUUGUUAGCUCACCAGAGCACAAAGUGCUCAGGGUGAGCUAUUGUGAUCACUAACCGUCCGGCGUCCGUCCGUCCGUCGUCCGUCCGUCCACACUUUCCUUUGAACAACAUCUCCUCCUAAACCAACAGGCCAAUUUUGAUGAAACUUCACAGGGAUGUUCCUUGGAUGGUCUUCUCUAAAAAUUGUUCAAAGAAUUGAAUUCCAUGGAGAACUCUGGUUGCCAUGGCAACCGAAAGGAAAAACUUUAAAAAUAUUCUUCUAAAAAACCAGAAGCCCUAGAGCUUAGAUAUUUGGUGUGAAGCAUUGCCUAGUGGACCUCUACCAAAUUUGUUCAAAUCAUGACCCCGGGGUCAAAAUUGACCCCGCCCCAGGGGUCACUUGAUUUUACAUAGAAAAAUCUUAAAAAAUCUUCUUCUCGAAAACCAGAAGCCCUAGACCUUAGAUAUUUGACAUGUAGCAUUGCCUAGUGGACCUCUACUAAAGUUGUUCAAAUCAUGACCCCGGGGUCAAAAUUGACCUCGCCCCAGGGGUCACUUGAUUUUACAUAGGAAAAUCUUCAAAAAAUUUCUAAAAAUAAAGCAGAAGGCCUAGGUCUUAGAUAUUUCACAUGUAGCAUUGCCUAGUGGACCUCUACAAAAUUUAUUCAAAUCAGACCCCCGGGAUCCAAAUUGACCCCGCCCCAGGGGUCACUUGAUUUUACAUAGGAAAACCUUAAAAAAUCUUCUUCUCAAAAAGCAGAAGCCCUAGAGCUUAGAUAUUUGACAUGUAGCAUUGCCUAGUGGACCUCGACUAAAGUUGUUCAAAUCAUGACCCCCGGGGUCAAAAUUGACCCAGCCCUAGGGGUCGCUUGAUUUUACAAAUGAAAAUCUUCAAAAAUUUUCUUAAAAUAAACCAGAAGGCCUAGAGCUUAGAUAUUUCACAUGUAGCAUUGCCUAGUGGAUCUCUACAACAUUUAUUCAAAUCAUGACCCCAGGGUCAAAAUUGACCCCGCCCCAGGGGUCACUUGAUUUUACAUAGGAAAAUCUUCAAAAAAUUUCUAAUAAUAAACCAGAAGGCCUAGAUCUUAGAUAUUUGACAUGUAGCAUUGCCUAGUAGACCUCUACAAAAUUUCUUCAAAUCAUGACCCCCGGGGUCAAAUUGGCCCCGCCCCAUGGGGUUACUUGAUUGUACAUAGAAAAAUCUUCAAUAUUUUCUAAAAAUAAACCAGAAGGCCUAGAGCUUAGAUAUUCGAAAUGUAGCAUUGCCUAGUGGACCUCUACAAAAUUUGUUCAAAUCUUGACCCCCCAGGGUCAAAUUGACCCAGCCCCAGGGGUUACUUUAUUGUACAUAGGGAAAUCUUCAUAAAUUUGCUUAAAAAUAAACCAGAAGGCCUAGAUCUUAGAUAUUCGAUAUGUAACAUUGCCUUGUCGACUUUUACAAAUUUGUUCAAAUCAUGACCCCCGGGGUAAAAUUGGCCCCGCCCCAGGGGUUACUUGAUUGUACAUCGGAAAAUUUUCCAAAAAAUUUCUAAAAAUCAUCAGUUUGACAUUUGAAACAUAUUACUCUGGUGAACGAUCCAGGGUCAUCAUGACCCUCUUGUUUUAUUAUGUCAUGAGGUGUGAGACGUUAAUAAACAUAUCUUGUU